GCCAUCUCAUUUCGUCUUCGUCGCCGGUGCAGAGUGCAUCAGACACAAAAAGGCGAAAUUCAGGCCAAAUUAGGGUUAGGGUUAUCCCUAAUCCAGCAAGUAAACUUUAUCUGCUAGAAUCUGCAGCAGAAGAUCAAAGAUGGACGCCAAUUCAUCACCAAAUGAUUCAACCACGGACCUCGACGAGCAGAUCUCCCAGCUCAUGCAGUGCAAGCCGCUGUCGGAGCAGCAGGUCAUAGCAUUAUGUGAGAAGGCUAAGGAGGUACUGAUGGAAGAAAGCAAUGUUCAGCCAGUGAAAAGCCCUGUGACAAUAUGUGGCGAUAUUCAUGGGCAGUUUCAUGAUCUUGCUGAACUCUUUCGAAUUGGAGGGAAGUGUCCAGAUACCAAUUACUUAUUCAUGGGAGAUUAUGUGGAUCGUGGGUAUUAUUCUGUUGAAACUGUUACGUUGUUGGUUGCCCUAAAAGUUCGUUAUCCCGAGCGGAUUACCAUUCUCAGAGGAAACCAUGAGAGCAGGCAGAUUACUCAGGUUUAUGGUUUUUAUGACGAGUGUCUGCGAAAGUAUGGCAAUGCAAAUGUUUGGAAGAUCUUCACAGACCUUUUUGACUAUUUUCCAUUGACUGCUUUGGUUGAGUCAGAGAUAUUUUGUUUGCAUGGUGGAUUAUCCCCUUCCAUUGAAACCCUUGAUAAUGUAAGGAACUUUGAUCGUGUACAAGAGGUUCCUCAUGAGGGUGCAAUGUGUGAUUUAUUAUGGUCUGACCCAGAUGACCGAUGUGGUUGGGGUAUUUCACCUCGUGGUGCUGGAUAUACAUUCGGUCAGGAUAUAUCUGAACAAUUCAAUCACACAAACAAUCUAAAGUUGAUUGCUAGAGCUCAUCAGCUGGUUAUGGAUGGAUUCAACUGGGCACAUGAGCAAAAAGUGGUUACCAUAUUUAGUGCCCCCAAUUACUGCUAUCGCUGUGGAAACAUGGCUUCCAUCUUGGAAGUUGAUGACUGCAAGGACCACACAUUUAUUCAGUUUGAGCCAGCCCCAAGAAGAGGAGAACCAGAUGUCACACGUAGGACGCCAGAUUACUUCCUUUGAAGCAGCUAUCUUUACAUUACAUUGACUCCAGUUUCUCUACUUUCUCCUCCUUUCCUCUUCCUAUUUAGGUGGUCAGGCCGUUGUGGGCCUUAGGAGAUGUGUCACAUUUAGUACCUUCCUCUAUGAAGUUUCUUCCAGUGCAUGGUUUUGGUAAUUUUGAGUGACGACGCAUAUACAUUAGGCUAAGAAAAUGACCUUUAAUCUUACUGAUACAGUCAGAGAAAUUGUGUAGCUCACACAAGACUGACAAUGUAGGAAUUUUUGUGUGUGUAGAUUUUCUUCUUUUAUCAUUUCCUAUUUGUUUAUCCCAACAGUGCCGGGGAUUUGUAAUAUUACCACACCCUAAUACCUUGUAACUGCUGAAGAAGAAAAAAACCCACACACAAACAAACAGAGAUUUAUGAUGUAAGCAAUGCUUGAAGGCUAAUACCGUGCAAUACGAGAAUUCCAAUUCCAAUUGUUAAGGAAUAAUGACGGCGAUGGUGU